AAGGGAAUCCGAAGGUGCUGAAAUAGCAGACGUGACUAGGGAUAGAGAUUGUAAUUAGCAGGCAGGGGACUUCAGUAGCCUGGUUUUGUGGCCAGAAGAAGGGUAUGACAGUGGAAGGAAUGGAGUGUGUUGAGAUUUUUAAUUCCGCAGGAAAAGGACGAGGUCUCAAGGCAACCAAAGAGUUCUGGGCUGGAGAUGUGAUCUUUGCAGAGACAGCUUAUGCUGCUGUUGUGUUUGACAACCUCGCCCACAGCGUGUGUCAUACGUGCUUUAAGAGACAGGAAAAACUGCAGCGUUGUGGCCAGUGUAAAUUUGCCCAUUACUGCGACCGCACUUGCCAGAAGGAUGCGUGGGUUAACCACAAAACGGAAUGUUCGGCCAUCAAGAAACUUGGCAAAGCUCCAAAUGAAAAUGUUCGGCUGGCUGCUAGAAUCACGUGGAGGAUUGAAAGGGAAGGAAGUGGCCUCACAGAGGGAUGCUUAGUCUCCAUCGAUGAUCUGGAGAACCAUGUAGACAAUUUUCAAGAGGAGGAAAAAAAUGGGCUGAUGGACGAUGUACAGAGUUUUCUGGAUUACUGGCCAAGCCAGAGUCAGCAUUAUAGCAUGAACUAUAUAUCUCAUAUCUUCGGGGUGAUAAGCUGCAAUGGUUUCACUUUAAGUGACCAAAGAGGACUACAAGCUGUUGGCGUAGGAAUCUUCCCAAACCUCUGUCUCGUUAACCACGACUGCUGGCCAAACUGCACUGUAAUAUUCAACAAUGGCAAUCAUGAGGCUGUUAAAUCAAUGUAUCAUACUCAGAUGAGAAUCGAGCUUCGUUCCCUUGGAAAGAUCAAUAAAGGAGAUGAGCUCAGUGUGUCCUACAUCGAUUUCCUAAAUCUCACCGAAGACAGACAGAAACAACUAAAGAAACAAUAUUACUUUGACUGCACAUGCGAACACUGUACCAAAAAGAUAAAGGACGACGUGCUCUUGGCAGUGAUUGAAGGCGACCAAAAGCCUGCAGAUAGUUUGGUUAAAGAAGUUGUUCAGUUUUCAAAGGACACCAUGGAGAAAAUUGACAAAGCCCGAACGGAAGGGUUAUAUCAUGAGGUGGUGAAGUACUGCCGGGAGUGUCUGAAGAGACAGGAACCUGUUUUGGCUGAAACCAAUAUUUAUAAGCUACGGAUCUUGAGUAUAUCCUCGGAGGUGCUUUCAUACCUUCAGAUGUUCGAAGAAGCUGCAGACAAUGCAAAAAAGAUGGUGGAUGGAUACUUGAAGGUUUAUCAUCCGCAUAAUGCUCAGCUUGGCAUGGCAGUGAUGAGGGCUGGAGUGACUCAUUGGCAUGCUGGACUCAUUGAGGUUGGCCAUGGGAUGAUCUGCAAAGCCUACGCCAUCCUAUUGAUUACACAUGGACCUUCCCACCCCAUUACCAAAGACCUAGAGGCGAUGCGAGCACAGUCAGAAAUGGAACUGAGAAUGUUUCAGCAGAAUGAGUUUGUUUAUUACAAGAUGAGAGAGGCUGCUCUGUCCAACAAACCCAUCCAAAUCAUGCAAGAACCUAACACAGAGGCUCAAGGGACUAUAUUCAACAAAAAACCCUAGGAGGCAAUCCGCAGCAGAUCGAUCUUCCUUUAUUCCAGACAAUGUUACCAUUAACCCUUUGAGUAUACAAACACGUUUUUGUGCAUCCUUCUGGCACCCAGAGGGUUAACACCAGGGCCAUACCUUAUAAGUAUAUUCCAGGAUAAUGUCUGUAUCUAUUGUCAUUUUUGUGUCACCAAUCUAUAGAGUCUCUAUUACAUGAUAUAUUAUGGAAGAUCUGUUUUUCUCAAUAAAACACUUUUGGCUUAA